CCCUGGGGGAGUUCUAGGUAGAAGGGAAAGAGGAGAGCAAAAGGUGCUCGGUGCUGAUGGAGGAUGGCGAAUUGUGCUGGAGGAUGCGACUUGUAAACUCUGGAGCGGUCGUCUUUUCCGUCAAUAUAAUGAGGUUUAUCCAGCCGUUUUGUUGCAGUUCAACCGUAGCGAGGCAGUUUUAUUAACUUGUCUUGGAACUCGAAGGGGAAAAUACGCGAAUGAACCGAGACCCGGCUUUGCAAUUACCUGGAAUAUACGACUGCUGUUGAUUUCCAGCGAAUGACAAUGGUGUUCUGCGGUUGUCAGUUUUUUCUUUGAAAAUCUGGCAAUACUUGUGCUUUUUUCUGACCUGAUUGAAAGUUUAUCUGAUUAUUUUUGCCCUGCCGUAUUGAGAUGGCGGAUGCAGCCGAGUGCGGUGUAAAAGUAAUGUGCCGUUUCAGGCCAUUGAAUGAAUCGGAAAUCACAAGAGGAGACAAAUAUAUCCCCAAAUUCAAGAAUGAUGAUACGGUGGUCAUAACGGGAAAAUCAUACGUCUUUGACAGAGUCCUGCCUCCCAACACAUCCCAGGAGCAGGCCUACAAUGCCUGUGCCAAGCAAAUUGUCAAAGAUGUGCUUGGAGGGUACAAUGGGACCAUCUUUGCCUACGGCCAGACCUCAUCAGGGAAGACACACACCAUGGAGGGCAAGCUCCACGACCCCCAGCUGAUGGGCAUCAUCCCCCGCAUUGCACGCGACAUCUUCGACCACAUCUACUCCAUGGACGAGAACCUGGAGUUCCACAUCAAGGUCUCCUACUUUGAAAUCUACCUGGACAAAAUAAGAGAUUUACUAGAUGUUUCAAAGACCAACCUGGCUGUCCAUGAAGACAAAAACAGAGUGCCCUACGUGAAGGGCUGCACAGAACGAUUCGUGUCCAGCCCUGAGGAGGUGAUGGAUGUCAUUGACGAAGGGAAGGCCAACCGCCAUGUCGCUGUCACAAACAUGAAUGAGCACAGCUCCAGAAGUCACAGCAUCUUCCUGAUCAGCAUUAAACAGGAGAACGUGGAGACGGAGAAGAAGCUGUCGGGGAAGCUGUACCUGGUGGACCUGGCUGGGAGCGAGAAGGUCAGCAAAACUGGGGCAGAAGGGGCUGUGUUGGAUGAAGCCAAGAAUAUCAAUAAGUCCCUGUCUGCCCUGGGGAACGUCAUCUCAGCGCUGGCUGAGGGAACUAAAAGUCACGUCCCAUACAGAGACAGCAAGAUGACACGAAUCCUGCAGGACUCCCUCGGGGGUAACUGCAGAACCACCAUCAUCAUCUGCUGCUCCCCAUCCGUCUUCAACGAGGCCGAGACCAAAUCCACGCUCAUGUUCGGGCAGAGAGCCAAGACCAUCAAGAACACGGUGUCGGUGAACCUGGAGCUGACGGCCGAGGAGUGGAAGAAGAAGUACGAGAGGGAGAAGGACAAGAGCCGCGCCCUCAAGGGCAUCAUCCAGAGACUGGAGGCAGAGCUGAGCCGUUGGAGGAACGGUGAGGCUGUACCUGAGGCGGAGCAGCUUAGAGCUAAGGACCAAAAGAACUUUGACAACACCCCCAUCAUCGACAACCUGGCUGGGCCCAUGGGUCUGCUCUCCGAGGAGGAGAAGAGCAAGUAUGAGGAGGAGAUCAGUGAUCUGUACAAGCAGCUGGACGACAAGGAUGACGAGAUCAACCAGCAAAGCCAGCUGGCAGAGCAGCUCAAACAGCAGAUGCUGGACCAGGACGAGUUGCUGGCGUCGACACGGCGGGACUAUGAGAAGAUCCAGGAGGAGCUGUCCCGUCUGCAGAUGGAGAACGAGGCGGCGAAGGACGAGGUGAAGGAGGUGCUGCAGGCCCUGGAGGAGCUGGCUGUCAACUACGACCAGAAGAGCCAGGAGGUGGAGGACAAGACCCGCGCCAACGAGCAGCUGGCAGAGGAGCUGGCACAAAAAACUACAGUCCUGGCGGAAAUACAGAGAGAGCUGGCUCAGCUGCAGGAGCUCAGUAAUCACCAGAAGAAGAGAGCAGCUGAGAUCCUGAGUCUGCUGCUGAAGGACCUGAAUGAGAUUGGGGGCAUCAUCGGCACCAGCGACAUCAAGGCUAUGACGGAGGUGAACGGCAUGAUCGAGGAAGAGUUCACCAUGGCACGCCUCUACCUUAGCAAGAUGAAGUCCGAAGUCAAGUCUCUGGUCAACCGCAGCAAGCAGCUGGAGACUGCUCAGGCUGAUGCUAAUCAGAAGAUACAGGCCAAUGAGAGGGAGCUGGCCUCCUGUCAACUGCUCAUCUCCCAGCACCAGGCAAAGAUCAAGUCUCUGACGGACUACAUGCAGAACGUGGAACAGAAGAAGAGACAGCUGGAGGAGAGCCAGGACGCCCUGACGGAGGAGCUGGCUAAGCUGCACGCCCAGGAGAAAAUGCACGAGAUGUCGGUGAUGGAUAAGGAGAAGGAACACAUGAGCAGACUCCGGGAUGCUGAGGAAAUUAAGAAGACCCUGGAGGAGCAGAUGGAGGGCCACAGAGAGGCCCACCAGAAGCAGCUGUCCCGCCUGCGCGACGAGAUCGACGAGAAGCAGAGAGAGCUGGACGAGCUCAAAGAUUUGAAUCAGGGUUUGCAGCUGGAGCAGAAGAAGCUGAUGUCAGACUAUGACAAACUCAAAAUGGAGGAGCAAGAGAAGGACAUGAAACUGCAGAAGCUGAUCAUGAUGAAUGAGAAACAGGAGCAGGUCAGAGAAGACCUCAAGGGCCUGGAGGAGACGGUGUCCAGGGAGCUGCAGACACUGCACAACCUGCGCAAACUCUUUGUCCAGGACCUCACCAGUCGCGUCAAGAGGAGCACCGAGUUGGACUGUGACGAUGCAGGGGGCAGUAUUGCACAGAAACAGAAGAUCACCUUUCUGGAGAACAACCUGGAGCAGCUUACGAAGGUCCACAAACAGCUGGUACGUGAUAACGCAGACCUGCGCUGUGAGCUUCCGAAACUGGAGAAGCGUCUGCGUGCUACGGCGGAGCGCGUCAAGGCCCUGGAGUCGGCGCUGAGGGAGGCCAAGGAGAACGCCAUGAGCGACCGCAAGCGCUACCAGCAGGAGGUGGACCGCAUCAAGGAGGCCGUGCGCGCAAAGAACAUGACCAGGAGGGGGCACUCCGCACAGAUCGCCAAGCCCAUCCGCCCGGGACACCACCCAGCAGCCUCUCCCGUGGUUACCCAUUCCGUUCGCGGGGGUGGAGGAGGGGCCAGCCACCACCACCACCACCACAACAGCAAGUAACAAACUGAAAGACAAAAGUCUUGAUGAAGAACAUGUACAGACCACCCCCCUGCCCCCCAACACUGCCUGAGACCCCAAUCCUAUGUCCCUCUCCCCCUCAGUGUUCCUGGCCCCACUCUGCCAGUCACUGAGGGAGCUGCUACCCCUAGACUCUCUCCCUCUCUCUCUGCCAAUUCACAGACUUCUGCGCCAUACGUACAAGUGUGUGAGGGGGGGAAAAGGGCACCCUUUCCUUGCUGAAUGAGGCAUUUUCCUGCCCAGUAUUGUAUUCAUUUCAAUUGUAUCUCUCUCUCUGGUGCUCUCACUGUUUCCAUUUUUACCUUACUCUUUACUCUCUGCCACUCUGUUUCUUUCUUGAAAUUUUCCUCUCUCUGUCCUUCCCUCUCACUCUAUCUCUCCAUUGGUUAUGUGUUACUGGAGGUUGAGUACUAGAGUAUGUUGGUAUUGUUGACAGGUCAGUACUUCUGUUCUGGCCCUGUGUGAUACAGACUCAUUCCGUCAUUAUUAUCCAGCAGAGGGAUCAGUGACCAUGCAGUUCAUGAUGGAGAUGUGGUGUUGUCACUCUACUAGUGUAAUUUUUCUGCAGAUCUCUUUCAUUUGGGUGGGAGACUUUCUGAUCAAUGUCCAAACAUGCAUAAAAACAUUGUGCCUCUCUCAUUUGUACAUUGUGUCAGAUGUGGCACAUAAUUUGGACUGAGAGAUGCUGAAGAGAGAGGCUGACAAAGUCAAGCAUGGUGACACCAAAUCACAAGCAGCGGUUGUGAGAGUAGCUACUCCCAUUUCCAAGUUGUGUUUGCCAUGUAGUUAGUUAGCUCUGCAGGCUGGGACAAGGAGAAUGGGAAGGAAUUCGAUGGGUAGAAAGGUCUGUCCAGCACCAACACCCUCAGGAACAACAUGAGUGGGGUGGGGAACCCCCUCCCCAUUUAAUGGCUUCUUAUCACUGAUUUGGAAUGUAGUUUCUUAUAGAACUCAUUUAUUUGUGCGUGUUUGUCUGUGACAUUUCUCCUUUGCUGGUGGCAGUUUUACCAAAGUUCUGUUCUUGUCUGCGCUUCGCUUUUACACUGAAUUUUUGACAUCCAUUUUUGCACAUUUUUGUCAGUUGUAGUGUAUUCUGAAUAAAGAUUCUGUGUUUUUGUAUGUUUGC